UGCAUCUUCCGCCGUCAUUAUAAAAGUACGUGUGAAAGAUAAGAUAUGUUUUGUUAUCUAUUAUGCAAACACAAAUUAUCUGUCCAGUGUAUGAUGAAUGACACUUAAUAUCUUUUGCAAAAACGUAUUUUGCAGUUUUACAGAUUCAUGAACAUUCAAUUAUUUGUGCAUCGUUGACGUUAACAAUUACUUUGAUAUUUUAAAUAUUUUAAUACCAAACAUGAAGGAAAAGACUUAUUGUUGUGGUUGUUGUCCGGCUUCGAAUAGCGGCAACAAGACAUCAUCAGUGAAAUCUAACAAUGGUCAAGCAACUAACAGGGAACAGCAGCAAAAUGUAAUUCAGAUGCAACCACUUCCAAUUCAAAAUCAAACCAACUUGGAAACUCAACAAAUAUAUUAUUGGGAAGGUUUUCGAUCGAAAGGGGAAGAAAUACGCCCAGAAACACUGAAGAUUUCUGUUCCGACUCAAAUAAAACAAAUUUCUGCUACAGAGACUGAGCUACUUUUCCUGCUUGAAGAUGGUUCUCUUUGGUCUUUUGACAAGACGGAUGGGAUCCGUUUAUCAUCAUCUACGAUAAAGCCAACCGAUCAGGGAUUCUCGAAAUCGUUGAAAAUUGAGUAUAUCGCUUGUGGUAAGUAUCACAGCUUGGCUUUAGACAUUAAUGGUAACCUGUAUUCAUGGGGGUUCAACCAUUUUGGUCAACUCGGACUGAGCUUAAGUCACGAAGAUUGUGAGGUUGUCAAGUAUCCUCAACUUGUAAAAUCUAUGGCGUCAAAGGUUGUCAUUCAAAUUGCUGCUGGAGAAAACCAUUCUGUUGCACUGACAGAAAAUGGAAGUUUGUAUUGUUGUGGUUCCAAUUCGUCACAGCAACUUGGAAUCAGUGAAUCUAUAAGAUAUAGCACAAUCUUUAUGGAGAUAGUGGCAAUUUCAGGUCUACCCUGGGGGUUUAUCGCAGCAGGUGGUAAUCAAACCUUUGGGUUGACAAUACAUAACUCAGUCUUUGGUUGGGGAGACCAAUCGAAAAACCAAUCCGGAAUGACAUACAAUUUUGAAGAAGAGAUCCCCACCAGUAUCGGACCAUCUGAAGCUGUAGUUUUUGAUGACGGAACUCUCUAUAUUGCUCCUGGAAAAUGGCACACUGUUUUUAUCGGCAAAGGGGAAUCGGCCCGUGUGUAUGGCAGCAAUCGAUUUAAUCAAAUUGGCCCAUCGUUCAAUGAAGGGCUUGUAACUCAGAUUGCUACAGGAGACUACCAUACCGUGAUGGUUGGUAAUGGGAACCUUUAUGUUUAUGGCCCAGAAACUAAUGAAACGGAAGAAGAUAUUGACAUACCAAACCAGCCAGCACCAAUACCAAUCACCCUUCCAGUCAGUAUGUACAAUGUGUUUGCAAGUGGAAAUGGGACUUUUGUGGUUCCCUUGACCGAUGCAGCAACUCAAAAUAACAUUCGACACGACAUGGCAAAAAGACGGCAAAUGUUCAAGCUUACCAACGAAAGCCUAACUUCAUUUUUAAGAUUGCAACCGGACGAUGAAUUCAUGGACGCAGGAUUGGAGAAAAGAUGGCUACGUUUGUUUCAAGUCUCCAUUUGGAACGCUUCGUUUUCAAGUUGUCAGAAGAGUGGGCUUGCAGCAGCAGCAACUCCUUUGGGCGAAUCGUAUUUCGGAUAUAAAAUUGAUUUUGUAAUGGCAGAAACUUUCAUUCAGAAGAUCUGGAGCUGCAGGGCUCGCAAACUGCACGCAAUUUUCGUCUCAUAUCUCGAUAGUUUAAUGGAUGCUAAUUCUUCAGUGCAAUGCGGUGCAAGACACGAAGAAAUUUGUCCAGCAUUCUCCUACAUCCCGCUAAUUAUUUUCAAUAGUCCUAAAAUUAACGUAAACGUUGACGUUGCCGUUGAUACCCCACCCCUUCAAAAUGCGUUUGUUCGCUUUCUCAGAGACUUUCUCCUUCAGAGUUACUCUCCUGUUAAUGAACCAAAAUAUCUGAAAAAGUUUGCAGCAUUUUUAUUCAAAAAUGAAAACCUUAAAGACAAUUUCACUACGAAUAUUAUAACGCUGAUUUAUCACGGCUACUCAUUCGAUCAGCUGCAACGCUUAGUGACUGCUUACAAAAAGGUGGUUGUGAGCACUAUUACCGUCUUUCGAGAUGAGGGGAGUAGCCUUGAUGCCGCGUUGGUGGCCAUUCAAGACUGUCUAAAAUUUCUCAACUCUUUAGCUGUAAGAAACAAGCAAUAUAAACGAAUCAGUCGACAUUGUUUUAUAAUCCCGCAGUUGCAAAAUCUGAUUGAUCUUAAUGCUGAAUUUUCUGAAUGGAUGCAAAACAAAACAUUUCCAAUUGCUCCAGCGAGCUCAAGACAAGUUUACUUGUGCGAUUUUCCAUUUAUAUUUGAUGGAUCUGCAAAAGCAAUACUUUUACGAUGUGAACAAAAACUUCAAAUGAUUGGAGCAAGCAUUCUCUCUCGGAUCAUUGAACCUCCAGAGUUGCAAGGAUUUGUACUAGUCGUUCAUCGAGAAAGGCUUUUGGAGGACGUACUUCGACAAAUAUUUUUGUUUGGUCCCUUUGACUUUAAGAAACCGUUAAGAAUUCAUUUUGCUGGAGAAGAAGGCCAAGAUGCUGGUGGAGUACGAAAAGAAUUUUUCCUUUUACUAAUUCGAGAACUCUUGGAUUUCUGCGCUGAUCGAGGACUUUUAAAGCUCAACGAUGAAAGUCAUCUUGUUUGGUUUAACGAGUAUAACGGGAGUGCAGAAGAAGUCAAGUUUCUCAUGGUUUUUGGAGUUUUAGCUGGAUUAGCGAUUUAUAACAAUACCAUCAUCAAACUACCGUUUCCUGCUGCCCUGUACAAGAAAUUGUUGGGAGAGUCGUCCGACAUUGAGGAUUUAGUAGAAUUGUCACCCACAGAAGGAAAUUCGCUGAAACAAGUUUUAGAAUAUAAGAAUCCCGACCUUGAGCAAGUUUUCAGUCUCACCUUUGAGAUUUCGAAAGAUGAGCUUGGAGUCGCUAAAAACAAGCAACUAAAACCAAAUGGGAAAAAUAUUCCAGUGACGCUGGAAAACAGUCAAGAAUUCGUGGAAUUGUAUGUAGACAACGUUUUUAACAAAAGCGUUGAAACUGCAUUCACAGCAUUCAAGAACGGAUUUGAAUUGGUCUUCAAUGAAAGUUUUGCAAUCAAAUUGUUUGAUUGUGAGGAACUAAAAGAAAUUAUAAUUGGAAACGAAGACUACGAUUGGGGACGCCUCGAGGUGGACUGUGUUUACAAAGGAGAAUUUCAUAAAGGUCAUCAAACGAUAUGCUUUUUUUGGGAAAUAUUUCACGAGCUUGAUCUCGAACUGAAGAAGCAGUUUCUUUUAUUCUUGACCGGAAGCGACCGUGUACCAAUUUCAGGGAUGAGUGGAAUCAAAAUAUGCAUUCAGUCCUUACCUGACGAGUCAUAUUUUCCAGUUGCCCACACCUGUUUUAACCUCCUUGACAUGCCAAUCUAUCAAUCAAAAGAAAUUUUAAAGCAAAAACUUUUGACAGCAAUUGAGCACAAGGAAGGAUUUUAUAUAGCUUGAGCUUUAUUCGGUUUUAUACUUAAUUAUGUAUGUUCGAGUUGCAUUAAAGUACGCUUUUCAGAAAACUGA